AAUUGCCUCUGUUUCUGUGAGGCUCUGUGCAAUUGUAGUUUAGUUGAUUUCUUUUUACUGUCCCCAGAACUUAACCAUGAAUGCCAAUUUUCAGGGAACUGAGAGAGAGGUCUCAAUGCUCAGAGAUGUGUUGUUAUCUCACAAUAUAAUGACAGAGAGAUGCUUCACGACAUGCAUAACCAAAUUCAGACAGAACACACUUACAGAUGAAGAGAAGUCAUGCAUUGAUGCCUGCAUGGGAAGAUAUGUGAAUUUCAAUCAGAGACUUAUGUCAACGUUUUUCGAACAGCAGCAGGCUCGAAUGAAAGCAAUAGCAGAAGAACAGAAUGCUCAAGUUCCUCCACAACAAACACUCAUUCAGAAAACUUGAUAGGAAGUAGGACUGCAUGUAUUUAACACCAUCUUAACAAAAUUUCAGUGUAUCAGUUUUUAUUUACAAUUCAUCUGACUUUAAGUUUUAAAAUAAAACUUUUUGUACCAGCAAUCAAAUGGGCAGAGUGAUUAUUAAAUUAUUAUUAUUAUUUUAUCAAAAUUGCAGAUAUGUUUCAAUUUGAAUUCAUUACAGUAACAUUUUCAUAUUAGGUCAUUAUAAUUACAUUCUAUGUGAAGCAUCUGCAUGCACCUUUGUUUUGGGCACACUAAGCCUGGGGGGAAAAAAACAGACAGGAAAUGAGUUGUCUGAAAAUAGACUAUUUUGUGAAUUGAAUUUUGAUAAUUUGUUUCCUUCCUUUUGAUGAGAAUUUGUAAAAUUUUAUCAGGGAGGUAAAUUUUAGCAUAUAAGUCUUUGGUUUUCAUAAGAAAAUGUUUUUAUAAGAAAAAUGCAAAAAUGAAGUCAAAUUCUAUGAAUAACUUCAUCUGUGUGUUUUAUCAUAUGUUAACCAGCUUGCCUGAUAGACUUAGAACAAUUUUUUCAUCAAUAAUGGUAAAAUAAUGAUUAUUUUAUUUUUUAAUUUGUGAUGAGCAGUAUCUAUAAUACAAAGAUAAGUAUAUAAUUAUUUAUAUACAAGUAUUGUAAUAAUUGCUAAAAUUAUAAAAUUGGUAAGUUAAAAAUUUUGAUGUCAGUAUGUUUCAGUGUGCAGUUAGAAUAAAUAUUUUUUCCUUGAA